AUGGAUGACCAAUCCUCACUUGAUAGUGAUUACAGUAGUAGUACAAAUAAAAAGACAAUUUCGAAUUUGAAGAAUGCAAAGAAAUCUAACACAAUAUACCAUUGUGAGCAUUGCCCGGAACAGUUCCUAACAAAACGAGCUGUAGUGUUGCACUCACGAUCUCAUCUCAAAUUGAAAGGCGUAACAUUCACAUGCGCUCUCUGCCAGGAAACAUUUAAAACGAAUGACGAGCUGAUAGAACACAAAUAUGUUCAUGAUUCGGAGAACCUUUGCUUUACCUGCAAUAAAUGCAAAGUGGCCUUUUCAAACCAUCGUGAUUAUUUAUAUCAUAAAUUAAGACACACCACUGCUUCAGUAUUUAAAUGCGAGGAGUGUUCCUACACAUACCAAGUAAGGAAGAGCUUCAAGGAACAUAUAGCAACACACUAUGAUAGAAAACUCAAAUGUCAGUUAUGUGGUACUACAUUUAAACAGAAUAAAGAUUUGCAAACACACAGACGGAAUUUUCAUAAAACGGGCAUACAGUGUGUGGAGUGUGGGAAAAAUAAUCAAACUCGGAGAGAUCAUGAGGAGCAUAUGGUGUCACACACCGGGGUUAAAGUAUUUCAGUGCUUGUAUUGCGGUAAAGGGUUUUCCAGAAGUGCUUUAAGACGUCUUCAUGCGAGAAAGCAUACUAAAUCUAAACCAUAUGAAUGUGAGGUGUGCUUACAAAAGUUUGUGGUCAAGAACAGUCUCUCGAUGCAUAUGAUUACCCAUGAUACUGAGAAGAGGUAUGAGUGCCACGACUGCGGGAAGCAGUAUUUUCACAGAAACAGCAUUAUACAGCACACAAGAAAACAUAUGAACCAUGGACUAUAUAAAUGUCCGAAGUGUGAGCGGUCCUAUGCUACUUAUCAAACUUUAUGCGAGCACACUGAAGUUGCUCACAUAAAGAAGAGGCCGUUCAAGUGUGAUGCUUGUGACGUCACAUUUGUCCUUAAAAGAUCUCUCCAAAAACACAUGAAAACCAGAUAUCAUCGUAACAAUGCAUAUGCUAUGACCGUUAAUGAAACCAAACACUGA